AUGGUUCCUUUCGCGCUCAUAUCCGCCAACCUUGGCAUUCUGAAUGUGAGGUUGGGGGUGGCGCCGUCAGCAUUGUUCAUGCUGGUCAUGGGAAUUAGUGACAUUCUCACCCUCUACUUCUUCUGGGUUGUCAAAGACGAGGGGUCAUGGCUAGAGAUCGGCUCAACAAUCAGCCAUUUCGUCAUCGCCAGUCUGUUGUGUGUGUUUGUAGCGCUACUGGAAGGUGUCAGCGGGCGUUUCAUUGCGGGCAUUGAGGUGGAUGGUCACGACCUGGUCGACGAGGCUUUCACAAGAAAGAAAGAGGUGGGCGCCAACGGUGGAGAGAUCACCAACAAACGCCCUUGAUGAGCUACUAGGGUUUGAUCGACCAGCGAGAGGAUACACGGAACUAAUCCCAAUCCAUCAGCCCAUGCCGGCUAUGUCAACAAUACCAGGCACGGGAACGUACGGAGGAUUUAAGCGGCAUGAUUGAGGAGUAAUGAGAACGGAUCGGAUACCGGAGCACAUGCCAAAUUCCUCACACCACACAAUCACGUCGGCUGAUGAUACGGUGAGGCUUGGGAAAGUCCCACCAUGCUUGGCUGUGCACAGAUUUGGUAGGCAUGUGACAGGUUUUAUGUACAGGACCGGGGUGUUCCUGAAUCCUGAAAGGGUAAUAGAUGCGGGUGACCGUAGCAGGAUCCUCAAUAUUAGGUGUCGUAGGCACGCAGGCUCCGGCUCGU